AUGGUUUCCUGUCGCAUCUGUGGCCUCAGAGAGCUGGUCGCCAUAGCAUGUGGGCUGCUGACCACCAUCGUCUUGGGACUGGGCAUUUGGAGGUCGGUGGUCUGGCUCCAGAGAGGUAAUUCUACAUCCCCAUCCACCACCCCAACUGAGUUCUGUAGGAAUGGUGGAACCUGGGAAAAUGGCAGAUGUAUCUGUCCAGACGAAUGGAAAGGUCUGAGGUGCACACACGUUAAUUUCUGCAAUGACAGCAGCUAUCAGAAUUUCACUUUUAGAAAAAUCCCAGCAGGAAGAUAUGGAUCUUCCAUAGAACUAUGUGAAAAGAACACUCCAAAUGCUGGAUCUCCAAAGGCAACUCGGCUGUGCAGCCUCACCGAGGACGGAGAGAUAGUGCUACAAGAUGCAAACAUAGGGAACUGCAGUGAGAGUCUGGAAACACUGGAAAAUAAGAUAGAAAAUAUCUCAAAGCUUUCAGAUAAUAUUUCUGUGGAAGCCCAGAUUUUAACAUCUGAUGCUAACAAAUUAACUGCCGAUAACAUCACCGCAGCUGCUAAUGUGGUUGGACAGCUCUUCAAUGAAUCCAGAAAAGCUACAGUGGAGGCAAAGAAAACUGCUGUAACAACGGUGAGUCAGCUUCUGGACGCCAGUGAAAAUGUUUUCCAACAAGCUGCUGUUCUUGAUGAGAAUAAUACCUUUAAAACGCUUAUUGAGCAAAUGGAAACGUAUUCCCUGACUUUGGACAGCAAACCCGUGGUGGAACCUAACGUAGCGGUGCAUUCUGUCACGCUGCCUCCAGCAGGCACUGAAGGGUCUUCAAAUGUUCUCUUUUCUGUGUUGAAAGGGUCUAGCAAUUCUCUAACUGAUGGUUCCACAGUGAUAAAUACAGAUGUGGACACCCUGAACCCAAGCGAGCAGACCGAACUUCAGAUCUUGGUCAACACCAAACAAAAAAACAUUGACAAAUGUGGUUUUGUUGUAUACCAAAACAAUAAACUUUUCCAAUCAAAAACUUUUACAACGGCAUCAAAUUUUAGUCAAAGAAUUAUCUCAAGUAAAACUAAUGGAGUUAAGAGAGAGCAGGAUGUGUCUGUUGAAAUGAUUUUUAAUCCAAAGUACAAUCAAACAGAAUUCCAACUCCAUUCUUACGCCUGUGUCUUUUGGAAUCUUUCGAAGAAUGAUUGGGACACCUAUGGUUGUAAAAAGACCCAAAACUUCGAUGGAUUUCUGCACUGCAGCUGCAACCACACCACUAACUUUGCUGUGUUAAUGAGUUUCCAAAGGAAGUAUAACUACCCUGAUUCACUGAACGUAUUAUCCAACAUUGGGUGCGCCCUGUCUAUCGCUGGCCUGGCUCUCACCAUUGCAUUCCAGGUCGCCACAAGGAAAGGCAGAAAAACCUCAGUAACUUGGGUGUUGGUCAAUCUGUGCACAUCCAUGUUGAUUUUCAACCUCUUGUUUGUGUUUGGGAUUGAGAACUCCAACAAGAACAUACAGAUGAGCGAUCAAGACAUUAAAAACAGUGAUUCCGCUAAUGAAAUGCUCAGCGGAGACACCGUCGCCAUCUCGAACCCCACGUGCACUGCGAUCGCUGCUUUACUGCACUAUUUCCUGCUGGUGACGUUCGCUUGGACUGCACUCAGUUCUGCCCAGCUCUAUUUCCUUCUAAUCUGGACCAUGAAGCCUCUUCCGCAGCACUUCAUUCUCUACAUUUCCUUAAUUGGGUGGGGAGUCCCAGCUAUUGUGGUGGGUUUGACAUUGGGAAUCAUUUAUUCUCAGAAUAAGGAUGGUUUCCAAUGGGAAUUAAAAUACCGGCAAGAAGAAAUCUGCUGGCUGGCCGGUCCAGAAGGCACCGAUGUGAAAAACAGUCCCUUGUUGUGGUCGUUCCUCCUCCCUGUUACCAUUGUCCUCCUCAGCAAUGUCACUGUAUUUGUCAUCGUCGCAGUCAGAGUGCUGUGGAAGAACAACCAAAAUCUGACGAGCACCAAAAAGGUUUCGUCCAUGAAGAAGAUUGUUAGCACCUUAUCCGUUGCAGUGGUUUUUGGAAUUACCUGGCUUCUGGCAUACUUUAUGCUAAUUGGUAAUGAGGAAUUAAGGCUCGUCUUCACCUGGGUGUUCUGCCUUUUCAACACUACUCAGGGACUGCAAAUUUUUAUCUUCUACACCAUCAGAACAAAAAUCUUCCAGAGUGAAGCUUCUAAAGUGCUGAAGUCCCUGUCAUCGUCCGCCGAGAGAGUUAAGUCCCUGCCAUCAGUGACCCCGCUGAGGCUUCGAUUGAGAGUGUACAAUAUGAUCAGGUCCCUUCCAGCCCUAAACGAACGCUUUAGGGUCCUGGAGCAGCCUGUCUAUACUGAGGAAAUGUUAAUCUCUCAGGGCGAUGAAGCAAGCGUUAGAGAGUAGACAGUAAGACUGUUGACGUUUGUGGUGCUCUUUCUGUUUGUUCUUCACGCAUGCCUUUCUGGUUUAUCUCCCUCCUUUAGUUCCCCGAAACCUUCCCUCCAUCUACUUUGCUCAGGGUCAAGAAGAAGGUGAGACUUGUUUAUUAACAUCAUGGAUAAUGGCUUUGGUAGAUGUUCCCACUUCUACAGAUUCUUAGCUGAAUAAAGUGAAGAACUACACACAACAUGCCAAAAUACCUUUGUGUUUUAAAUCAUGGCAUCUAUGUGAUAAACUUUGGUAAAAUUGUAGAACCUGAGAGAAAUUCUUGUACAAUUUAUUAAAAAGGAUGUGAGGUUGAAAUUUUACCUUCCACGGGGGAAAAAAGAUUGCUGAGUGACAUUGUAUGUGUAUACAAAGAGGCUUUAAAAUUCUUGCAGAAACUUCAUUCUUUCAAUUCCAUUGUUCCAUAAGCUUUUUGAAGUCCAUUUUUGAUUCAUCAGUGCUUUAAAUUUCUAUGUGCUUGUGCUUCCUCCAAUUAAUAAAUUUGUGCUAAUUUAUCCUCUGGAAAGAAAAAAUGCAGAGCUGAUACCAAGGGCUCAAGUAGAAAGAAAAUGUUUUGAAAAGGAUGGUGGCAGCAUAUGU